AUGUCUCCCUAUAGACUUGUUUAUGGGAAGGCAUGCCACUUACCCGUUGAGUUAGAACAUAGAGCCUAUUGGGCUAUUAAGCAACUAAAUUUUUCCUUAGACAAAGCGGGUGAGAAAAGAAAGCUUCAAUUGAAUGAGUUAGAAGAGCUUAGGCAUGAUGCAUAUGACUAUUCGAAAAAGUAUAAGGACCGAAUGAAAUUUUACCAUGACAAAAAUAUUUUGAGAAAAGAUUUUUCUCCCGGUCAAAAAGUCCUUUUAUACAAUUCUCGUUUGCAUCUCUUUCCGGGAAAGUUACGCUCUAGGUGGGUAGGUCCAUACAUUAUUCACACUGUUUUUCCACAUGGAGCCAUUGAAGUUGAAAAUCCUAAUAAUGGUAAUGUAUUCAAAGUUAAUGGACAAAAAUUGAAACCAUUUUUAGAAUUGAAAAAUGUGGAAGUGGAUGAAAUCCUCCUUGAGGAUCCAAUUUACCAUGAUCAUUGA